GUGGACAGGAAAGUAAGCGACCACAACAAACAGAACACGUAACUUGCCUGAGCCUGAGCCCCUGCCUUAAUAUCGCCACAAAUACACACGCCACACGCCUAACAACCCCUGCACGCACAAUACACGCACUGGUCCACUUAUAUCAGUGACGGCGCGUGGAUAACAGCGACAAAUAACUCAAGAAUAACCCCCUGGAAGGAAGGCAUGUGACACCACGUACCGGCUUGCAGGAGUGGAACAGUUUGGUGACGUUUGUGAUAAUGUUACGGUGCCGGCGACUCUCUACCCUGGGGCUGUUUGGGGAGAGGCGAUGUUUGGCCACCACCAUCACCACCCAAGACAGCAGCCCCCAGACCAUGGAGGGCUCGGCUAGGGCCAUACCUAUCACACUGCAGCCAGACAGACCCAGCGGCAGCCACAGUGCUGACCAUGAAUCAGACCAGCAGCAGCACGCAGCAGCUGGAGAGAGCCCAAGACUGGGAUUCACACCACCAGAAGAAGAGGAGGUAGAGGCACCCCCGCUGUACGACACACACAUACGCACAAACCCCUUCCAGAAGACGAUCCUGACCUUCGGUGCAGCAGCGGCAGCGUUGCUCGACCCGAGACGACACGACAUGGUGGCCGUGCUGGGCGAGACGACAGGAGGCUCGGCCCUGGCUCGUUUACACACUGCAAUGGUUGAGGAUCCGGAGGGAUGCAGGAUACUAGUGGACAAGCCGAGGAUAAACAGUUCAACCAUUGACUUGGACACCCUGGCUAAGCUACCAAAAGACACCUUAGGCCGCAUGUACAUAAGCUUCCUUGAGGACAACAAGGUCACACCCGAUUCCCGCCUCCCGGUGCAGUUCGUCGACAACCCGGAACUUGCGUACGUGAUGCAGCGUUACCGAGAGGGGCAUGACCUCUUCCACACGACACUAGGGAUGCCGACGAACAUGCUGGGGGAGGUCGCCGUCAAAUGGGUCGAGGCCAUACAGACUGGCCUCCCCAUGUGCUACGGAGCUGCAGUGUUCGGUCCGCUGCGAUUCCGUCCAAAACAACGUCAGAAGUAUGUGUCGGUGUACCUUCCGUGGGCCAUCAGGGUUGGGCGGACGGCGAGGCUGUUGAUGAAUAUUUACUUUGAGGAGCGAUGGGACCAGUCAAUUCACCAGCUGAGGGAGGAGUUUGGAGUGGAGGCACCACCAAGCAUAUAGUCAAGUGCUGGGAGCCUGUAGAUGUAGAUAUGAGUUCAGAGCUUUCACCUUCACAUCGGCAGUUCCUAAAAGACUUGACCCUCUGAGUGAUCUCCUGUCAGUGUUCUAUUUCCUUUAAUUUAUUUUCCUUAACCGAGCUUGUCAUAUAACCUGCAUGUUAUGUUAUGAUAUGGAAGAAAUUUAAUGCCCCCCAAAAGUAGUAGUAAUUAUAGUAGUGGUAGUAAUAAUAGUAGUAGUAGUAAUGGUAGUGGUUGUAGAAGUAUAUGAGAAGUCAACCUAUCAACUUGGCCUUAAAAUAUUGUUCAAAACUGAGACGUCUACUUGAGUAUGUACGGCGGAGGACAGUCUUUCAGUCAUAAGGAUGGAAGACUCGGAGGACAUAACUUUUGUACAUAGAUAUCAUUCAAAUAAAAUGAUGGAGCUGCG